AGAAAUGGCUGGGAAGCAUGAUGGGGCUGGAGGCAGUGGAAAGCUUGAAGACGGCACAGGCUUGUAUGAGAUUCUUGGAGUCUCAAGGACAGCAUUAAGUGACGAGAUACGAAAGGCUUACCUCAAUCGAUCACUGGAGUUGCAUCCAGACAAGAAUCCAGGAAAUAAGGAUGCCAUGGGAAACUUCCAAAGGCUCCAUAAUGCCUUCAAGAUCUUGAGUGAUCCCAAUAAGAGGGCUAUUUAUGACCAAAUGGGCAUUGAAAUGGGAGAUUCUUACCCAUCAGUGUAUGAGCUCUCCAGAAGAAGCAAUCAACGAGUGACAUUGGAUGAUAUCGAAAGUUUCCAUGACGAUUAUAGAGGUUCAGAGGCUGAGACGAAAGACCUCAAAGACUUGUAUACAAAGCAUGACGGUGAUAUGGACGAGGUAUUUGCACAUCUUAUGUGUUCGAAGCCGAGCGAGGACUCUGAUCGUUUUAUGGGAGUGAUUGACGAGGCAAUUUCUUCAGGCGAGCUAAUGGAGACACCUGAAUAUCGAAUGUGGAAACAUCUCGUCUCUGAAGAAAUUCCGGAAGAAUGCUCAUCUCAAACUUAUGAAGUGGAGUCACAUCUCUAGGUUUUAUAUUUAUUUUGCGUACUCAGGUUGUGAUACUUCGUUAUGGUUGUGAUCUUUAGCUUGCCACUGAUCAAUAGAUUCGUGACGACCAGGAAACUUUGGAGCAGCAGGGUGCUGCAAA